AUGGAGGAGAAAAAUACAACAUUGAUUACACAGUUUAUUCUCACAGGAUUUACACAUCAACAGGAUUGGCAAAUAUCUCUACUACUGGUGUUCUUAGUGAUCUACCUCAUCACCCUUGUGGGGAACGUUGGUCUUAUUGUUCUUAUCUGGAAUGACUCUCAACUUCACAUCCCCAUGUACUUGUUUCUUGGAAGUUUAGCUUUUGUGGAUGCAUCAAUAUCAUCCACAGUGACUCCCAAGAUGCUUAUCAACUUUUUCAUAAAGAAUAACAUAUUUCUAUUUGAAUGCAUGGCGCAAUUUUUUUUCUUUGCAUUUGGUGCAACUACAGAAUGUUUCCUCUUGGCAAGUAUGGCAUAUGAUCGCUAUGUAGCUAUAUGCCACCCUUUACUUUAUCCAGUGAUAAUGACCAAUAGGUUAUGUAUCUGGCUGAUAAUAUCAUCAUUUGUAGGUGGAUUCAUACAUUCCUCAAUUCACACCGGAUUUUUGUUGAGAUUAACUUUUUGUAAUGAAAACCAAAUACAUCACUAUUACUGUGACAUUGAGCCAUUGCUUAAGAUUUCUUGUACUGAUCCUUCAAUUAAUAUUCUUAUGGUUUAUAUCUUUUCUGGUUCAAUUCAGGUAAUUACUAUUACGAUUGUUCUCGUCUCUUACACACUUGUUCUCUUUACAAUCUUAAAGAAGAAGUCUUUGGAAGGCAUAAGGAAAGCUUUCUCUACCUGUGGAGCCCAUCUCUUAUCUGUGUCUUUAUACUAUGGUCCUCUUCUCUACAUGUAUGUGAGCCCUGGAUCUGCAAAAUCAUAUGAUCAAGAUAUGAUAGAUUCUCUAUUUUUUACUAUCAUAAUUCCUUUGUUAAAUCCAAUUAUCUACAGUCUGAGAAAUAAGAAAGUCAUAGAUUCACUGACAAAAAUGUUAAAGCGGAAUGUUUAA